GACUUUUAUUUUGAAAAUUAAGUUUGUUCUCGUUUCUCUCAUUACUUUGCUCGAGACAGAAUGGCGGCUCUUUUGGAAUCGUUGCUCCGGAGAGACGUGGAGUUGUGCAGAGCUUUGAACUGGCUGCAAGGACAAAGUGACUGUAGCAGAGACCAAGAUCUGCUUUUAACAGUCAGGAAGCAGGAGUUUGUUCCAUUCCUCCUGAAUUUCCUGAGGGAUCAGAGCAGUAACUCUCUGACUCAUGGCCCCAGCACUCCAGCCAAGACAACCAGCAGCACCAGGUCCCUCAGAGCCCAUGGAUCAUCUAGCGAGCGGAGAGCGUCAAACAGAGCAUCAGCAAGCCAAGGUACCCGCAGUGCCAGCCGAGUCCAGCUCUUCUCGCCUGCUCCCUCCACAUCGCACCCGGACCAUCCGAACGAGCAGGACAGUCCACUGACGGCCUCUCAGAGUCUUACAGGAAUAAGUGCUUUCAGCAGCCCAUCGUUUAGCUCAGGAUGGAGUUCAGCCCCAAGACACAUGACCUCUGAACGUCGAUCUGCUCAGCGCCACUGUCUUGCUGACUUUAUGACAUCACCUCCAGACACUCAGGCCAGUCCUACAUUUCAGCCACACCGAGGGCGCAGGAGAAGUAGCGGGUUUGGAGCGUCUUCGUCAAACCGUCAGACUGCAGCGCGCAGUGGGAAUUCUGUGGAGGCUGGCAGCUGUGAUGUUACAGCAAGGAAGGAAAGAGGUGGAGGGAGGACUAAUGACCCAGUGUCACCACCUACACAAGUAGAGCUUAACUUUAACAAUUUGGAGGACUUUCCCCCAGUGAGUGUGUCUCAUGCCACCCCCAUAGCAACAAGACCUUCACGGCGCAUCAACCCAACACCAGUAAGUGCGGAGCGACCAAACUCUAAACCUAAGAGCUGCUUUACCUCCACACCCCUCAGCAAGCCAUGCAGUCCUCCUUCCAUUCCAGAGGCCACAGGAACUGGGCAGAGUACAGGGAGCUCACUUUGUCUGCAAGAAGAGAGGGAGCUACUAAAGAAAGAAAGGUCUAAAAUUGCACAGCAGAGCAGCAGCCCACUGAAGCCCAGUGCAAAUGUUUGCACUCCCACUAAAUCAAUAUCAAGGUCAGGCUCAAAGGUGACUCCGGAUGUCCAGACACCUUGCCCUGACCCCGCUAAAGUGACUCAUACACCAGAGCUUGAUAUUCUAGCUGAGCUGUACUGCACGUGCAUUUCAGAGAACUUGGUGCCAUGUGUGUUCCUGGAGCUGUUCUUUGUGCUGCAGCUGCUGACUUCAUGGAGUUUGUCAGCCUCUGAACCUACAGAAAUGUCUGCCAGUGUGUGUGAAAGAAAGACAGAUUUCCUCGAGAGAACUUAUCUGGGAAAUGUCCACAGCUGUGUGUAUUUUGCCGUGCGAGUUAUGGAGAAACAGUUUACUUUGCUUUCACACCUGGACCGCUGCACUCUGCGUCUUCUGGCAGAGAACGAAAGAGUUGCCACUUUCUCUCCAGCCUUACGUGAUCGUCUGGCACAAGCUCAAGAUAUCUGCACAGCUAAGGUAAUUCCCAGCCACACCACCUUUAUUCAUACGGUACCUUUCCAGCCAGCCACCGACAACCGCAAUAACUUCAGCAGUGACAAGGCCUUCCACAUCUUUAAGAAACAAAGAGAUAUAUUUUAUGAGCUGCUAAGAGAAUGGGCAGAUUAUCAUAAGGAGCCAGGAUGGGAGUUUCAGGCAGCUUUAGGCCACCGGGUCAGGGGAAUAGUCAGUCAAUUGAGCGCAGCAGGAAACCACUGCCACUUUGCCAGACUUUUCCAGAAGCAGCUGGUUCAGAUGUGUAAGGGCCAUAUGGAGCUCAGCUCUCCUGGUGAUGCUCCGGAUGCAGAUCUGCUGGGCAUGGUGGGGGCAGACAGCCUGGGGAGGCUGAAGCGACUGCAAGAGCGUCUGAUCCAGCCGCAGGCUCUAAGUGGCCCUUGCCCUCCACCCUCUUUCCCUGGACACCAGGAGUUCUUCAGAGAUUUCCUACAGGCAGCUAGCUGCUGCCAGUUAAACCAACACCUGAAGGAUGGUUUGUGUCAGCAGCUGCUCCAGUUGAAUGAGGUGUCUAUUCUAGGCCCUGACAGCUCGUCAACCACAGGAGAGGUGGAGGGAGAUGGAGACAUGGAACAGCAGGAUGAGAAGCAACGAUUCUCUUCAGUACUCCUUGUGGCUCGACUUCUUGCCAAGUUCCUGGGGUUAAUUUCCUUUAUGCCCUACCAGACCUCUGAGGCACCGUCCAAAGAGAUCCGGGAGGCUGCCGUUGCUCUACGCAGUAAGAGUGCCCCGGUGCUGGAUGUGUCUGCAUUGUUGAUGAGUUGUGUGCGUAGGAAGCGCACUGUGCUUACUGUUCCCUGGCUGGUUGAGUUCCUCUCCAUGCUGGACUACACCGGCCCAUUUCUACCCUGCUACAGGUCUGCUCUGGGAUUCCUGCUUCAAAUCUACAGGAGGAUGAGGUUGGGUAACGAUGGAGAGCAGUGUUACUUGAACCAGAUGUUGUUGGUGGCAGUGCUGGGUUGGCUUUUCCAGAUCCCAGUCUUUCCAGAGGAUCUCUUGUUUAGCAUCAGUGUGCAGGAACUAGAGGACCUGGGGAAUCACACUAGCAGUCAAGGGUUGGACAAUCUGCCUUUAGUGGAUCAACAGCUUCUCUAUACCUGCUGCCCAUAUUUAGGGGAAUUUCGCAAGCUGUUGGCAGCCUUCGUGUCAGGAAGUGCUUCCAAGACUGGAGGCCUGAUCCGCAAGAUCACGCCUACAUCUGCUGAACCCAGAGGUCCUUCCACCACCAUCACUCAGCAGAAACUACAGCUGGAUCUGGAGCAGGCCUUUUUCCAUAAUCAGCCUCCUUCACUUAAACGUACUGUGGAGUUUGUGGCUGAACGUGUUGGAUCUAACUGUGUCAAACACAUCAAGGCCACACUGGUGACUCAGCUGGUGCAGGGUGGAGAGAAGUCUCUCAGGGAUGGUUUGGGUUCAGAUAGCGUUAAUGCAGCCAAGCUGAAUGACUCGAUCUGUGCUAUGCUUUGUGAUGCAGCCAUGCAGGCCCUGGAGAGAGCCACAAGGUUUUGCAGUGAGAAUGCACCAAGAGCUGUAAGGGUUCUUUUGCCUGAUGAGACGUCUCAAGCUGUUCUGACAACAUCUGAGCACAUCACCACACGACUGGCAACUGAGAAAGCCUGCAGCUGGCUCUCGUCAAAUAUCACAACUCUUAUAAAGAGGGAGUGGAAAAGUACUUUCGAGCGUGUGAUGAAGAAUGUGCCUUGUCCUACAAGCACCGCGUCUGUGGACGGAGGAGGAUCUGGCAAGAGUGUGCAGACACAGAAGAGCGCCUCAGGGCCGGAUGCUGGGUCCUCAUGCCCACAAGAUUGCUCUCACAAAGGUCCACUAGCAUCUGAUGUUAUUAUUGAGUUAAAGGAGGUGCUGAGCAUUGCAGUAGGGCCCAGAUCUGAAGAGGAAGUUCUUACAGUGCAGCAGAUUAGCUCUCUGCUAGACAAAGUGGGACAGACACUAACAUGUAGAAAGUUCAUGUCUGCAGUUGCUGAGCAGAUGCUAUUGCGUUGUACUGUCUUGUUGGCCUGCAAGCUAGUGUCUGGAGAGUUACCCCUGGUGUCCCCAGCUGGGGGUAACGGGAAGGAUGCUGCUGAUGUUGGAUCUUUAUUGAACGAGUUGGUUGUUCUGUGGACUCGUAUUCCCUCUACCCAUGUAACUUUGCACCUUCUCUUUACUGAGCCUACGCUUACUGCCAUCAUCAAUGCGAAUGACCUGCAGAGGUAUACCUACCUGCUCUUUGUUCAAACGCUUAUGGAGAAAGGCCUUCUGACUAAGGAAGAAAUGGGCUCUCACUGGGCAAAACUAUCCGAGUUCUCUUUUCCAGUGGAAUCCAUCGCCAGUUUUCAGAAGCUGUGUCUGUCCUCCCCUUUACCAGUGCCUUUAGUGAAAUCUAAUGACUUACUACAGAUCUCCCAGUGACCAAAAGAGGGAGACAGCUGCAGUACAUGGCAAAAAUUUAUACAGGAAAACAACGGAGAUGACGUCAUGUGUUUGAUUUUAAAACGAUUACACACAUAUUUUACUCAGUUUACUAUAUAUUUAAUUCUCCUCAGCAUUUACCUUUUUUGGCAAUAUUCUGGUGCAAAGCAAAUUUAGUUUGAACCUCCUCACUGACGUUAAGCCUCAAAUUCUCCAGUUUGCAUCUUGUACAUGACUUCGAGCCAGAUACAGUACUGAAUUCUGAUUGGCUGGAUGAAAGAGUAUAGUAUUUGAACUUCAAAAUAGUAAUUGUACCUCAAUUACUACUUUUUCCCUUUUAGUAUCUGUGUUUUUUAUGAUUAAGUUUAAAUAAUCCUUCCAAAUGUUAACGGGAGAGUCGCUUAGAUAUUUGAGACUGAAGUACACUAUAUGGGCAAAAGUUUGUGCACCUCAUCACACUUUUGAAAUUUCCAUUCCAGAACUAAUGCGCAUAUUUGUGGUUUUCCACCAGAUUUAUAUGUAGAUAUUGAGAUUUGCCCGUCAUCUUCAAGAGCAUUAGUACAGGUAAUGUCAGUUGAGGAGGUCCUCAUUUCUGUGUGUGAGGUCGGAGCUCUGUUCCCAUACGGGUGUGAAUUGCAAACGGGUGUGAUUGUCAGGUAUCCACUUUUUACCAUAUAGUGUAUAUAACUUAUCUACAGAUAUUAUGAUUAUGAAUGCACAUAUCUAAAAUAUACAUAAGUUCAGCUCAGUGGUGCAGUUGACAUGUUUUGUGUAAUGCACCUACCUGUGAAAAUAAUAUAGCUAGGCUUAAAAGGAUGUGCACAAGUGUACAGAAAAUUGCAUUGAUAGACACUUAAUCAUGUUUAAACUUUAUUUUGUGCAUCUGGUUGUGAGAUCUUAUCCCUACUCUAAAUGUAUUUCUUUUUAUGCAUAAAUGUUUGUUGCUUGGAAUGCUUUGGAAUACAUUUUAAUGAACACAUGGUUCAUGUUGGACUUAAUGUCAACAGUU